AUGCCUGCAGACAAGAAACCGAAAUUCUCAGAUCUCAGUUUCAGGAUCUUCGACCCAGCUUCGAAGGGUUUGGUUUCCGGGGGCUCUGCGACCCGCGAAAUCAAGAGAGCAAGACAAACCUACAAAAUUUUAGACGGCGGGUUUCUGCAAUAUGUCCCUACUAAGGUUUCCGAGCCAGGCUCGAGUCACGGUCAUGGUGGCCUACCAGAACCGUCGUAUACCCACUCGCUGACACAACGAGUUAAAUCCUUCAAAUAUCUACCAUCUUCAUCUCCACAUCCGCCACCUCCGCCUUCACCUUCACCACUACCACUACCACCCUCACAGCCACCACCACCACCUUCACAACCACCACCACUUUCACAGCCGCCACCACCACUUUCACCUCUAUCACCAGCUUUACCUUCACCUCUAUCACCACCACCACCUUCGCCUUUAACACCACCACCACCUUCACCUCUACCGCCACCAUCACCGCCACCGCCACCACCACCGCCGGAGUCUAGCCCGAAGUUUGAUGACCAACCGUCUCAAGGGCUCGCUGGUUCACCCAUCAUCGGCCGUUUGCACGCAAUCCCGAACUGGGACGCCACAAGCACUUACAGCACAGAGUCAGAUGACGAACUUGAACCGUCUUCGAUGGACGUGGAGUGGAACAACUUGGAGGACAACCAUUACAAGUUGAACCCUUUGUGGCCCGAGAAUAUCUCACACUCGCUCCCCCCUGAACUUCAACCGUGUCUGCUAUCACGUCCAGUCCGCCCUCAGUACCCACAAGGCAACCAAACCGAACGGGCUCAAUCGCGUGAGGAUGAUGAGAGAGUUCACUCUAAUCACUCCAUCAGCAAGCAGUCUUCCCUUUUUGGUGACGACGAGACAGACCACACCAUCGGCGAAAAGUCUUCCCUUUUUGGGGACUCGGACUCGACAAACCACACCAUCAGCGGAACGUCGACACCUGCAAGUUCGCCGCAGGGCCACAUAGAGCUACCUAAUGUCGGAUUGCAGCCUCCUGCAGGGCAGCAUUAUACUUGGGCUCCCUCUAAUGUCGGGUUACAGCAUCCAAGGGUCCAGCAUGAUGCCCGGAUGUCCUCUAGUGCCGGGUUCCAGCCUCCUGAGGGGCGGCAUUAUGCUUACACUCCCUCCAAUAUCGGGCUACAACAUCCCAAGGUCAAACGUGAUGCUCGGAUGCCCUCUAGCGUUGGGUCCCAGCCUCUCGCUGGGUGGUAUAAACAUUGGACGCCGCCAAGCGUGGGAGCCAGCGGCAUGAUCAUAUUGCUACCUUCGAACCUGACAUAUCCUCAUGCGUUAAACACCACGUUUCCGCCAAGCACUCAAUUCUAUGCAUCCACCAAUGUUUCUGCAGCCUCACCCCCGAGCACGUCAUCAUUCAGACCUCGUGCAUGCGUACUGGGGACGAAGAGGGGUCGAGAAUGA